CACUAGGGCCUUUAAGUACUAAUCAUCAUCUUAAAGUCGUUUGUUUAGGUACUUCCCAUCAAGGUGGCUAUUCCCAUGAUGCUGUGGUCCACGCAUUACAAAAAUGCGGCAUUCGUCAUAUUGACACAGCAAAAAGAUAUGGCUGUGAAUCUCUCCUCCAGAAGGCCAUCAAAGAGAGUGAUGUGAAGCGAGAGGACCUCUGGAUAACUACCAAACUGUGGCAUAGUGAUUAUGGCUAUGAAAACACAAAAAAAGCCUGCUUGGAGUCAUGUGAAAGACUUGGUGUUGAGUAUCUUGAUCUUUAUUUAAUACACUGGCCUGAUGCACGUGUUCCAGGUAAAAGCAGUCGAGAGGUCCGAGCUGAAACCUGGAGAGCAAUGGAGGAACUCUAUGAGAAAGGUUUGUGUAGAUCAAUUGGUGUCAGUAACUUUCUUAGCAGUCAUCUUGAGCAACUAAAGGAAGACUGUGUGAUUACUCCACAUGUUAAUCAGGUUGAAUACCACCCUUUCCAAAGACCUCAGGAGCUGGUUGAUUAUUGUAGGAGCAGAGGUAUUGUUUUUGAAGGCUACUCUCCUUUAGCCAAAGGUGAAGCACUCGCUCAUCCCAGUAUCAUUCAGCUGGCAAAGAAAUAUGGCAGAACUCCAGCACAGAUUUGCAUACGCUGGAGCAUACAGAAUGGGAUUGUCACUAUUCCAAAGUCCACAAAAGCAGAAAGGAUACAGGAAAACUGCAAGGUGUUUGAUUUUACAAUAGCAGAAGAUGAUGUUGAAAUUCUGAAUGGAAUGCAUGAUGGGAGACAUGUUUCCUGGGACCCGAGCCUUCUUGUGUGA